AUGACCUCUGGCCAUCGAUCGUUGAAAUAUAUUGGACUCUUGAGUCUUGAGUUUCUCGUUUCCGAUUUUCCACUUGAGUCAUCGAGCUCCGGUCCCCGAAUCUCUGACCGGAGAAAAUUCUGCGAACGCCGCAGUAUGGGUUGCGCUGGAUCGCGUGAUAAAGUAGACGAAAAUCCUAAGAAGAUCCGGAAACCCAAGCCAUGGAAGCAUACAGAAGCAAUAACUCGGGCACAACUAACACAGAUGCGUGAGGAAUUUUGGGACACUGCUCCACAUUAUGGUGGUAGAAAAGAAAUAUGGGAUGCUCUCCGGGCUGCUGCUGAGGCUGAAUUGACUCUUGCACAGACAAUCGUGGACAGUGCCGGUGUUAUCGUUCAGAAUCCCGAUUUGACCAUCUGUUAUGAUGAGAGAGGUGCCAAAUAUGAGUUGCCGAAAUAUGUCUUGAGCGAGCCCACAAAUUUGAUUCGUGACAGUUGA